ACCUGCCUCUACUUGUCAGCUAUCUUACUGCCUCUGAAAUAAGAACAGGACUAUCAACCGGGGACAAAAAAGGUCUAUAAGUCGAGAGUCAGUUAACAUAAUAUACGAUGGCAGAAGAGCCCGUCCCUGUCUUCACUACCGUCCUCGACGCUCACCCGGUGCCAGGUAUCGCUACGCGUGAGGCAGCACGCUUCGACGACCUUGUCUCCGAGUUUGCACGCCGCUUCGGUCACAAUCCGACGUACAUUGCACGCGCCCCUGGACGCGUGAACCUCAUCGGCGAACACAUCGACUACGUCCUCUUCGGCGUCUUCCCUGCUGCCGUCGAGCAGGAUGUCCUCAUUGCUUGCGGGCGUCGGCCCGCGAACUUACCAGCCGUCUCCUCUGUCUCGCCACUCUCAUCAUUCGCCAAUGGUCAUGUCCACGCCCAGAAUUUGAACGACAAGUACGCGCCGCAAGCAUUCGCACCGAUGCUACGCGAGAGCGUGCGGAAGGAAAGCCUUCAAAGCGAGCAAGAGCAUGUGAACUUGAAGGAGUGGCAUAUAGACAUCGAUCCGAGGGAGUUACGCUGGGAAAGCUACGUUAAGGCUGGGUACUAUGGUGUCUUAGAGCGGUUCUUCGCCGACCCAUCGGCCUCUGGUGAGCCUGCAAACACCGACAUCCUCGUCACCGGCACGGUGCCCGCCGGCUCUGGUCUCUCCUCGAGCGCAGCGAUGGUCGUCGCAUCGACCCUCGCAUUUCUGGCCGUCAAUGAGAAGCUCGAACUUCCCUCCAGAGAUGGCACGCGACGCAUCACCAAGGGCGAGCUCGUCGAGAUGGCAGUCGAGAACGAGAAGCGUGUGGGCGUGAACAGUGGCGGGAUGGACCAGGCCGCGUCGGUCACCGCACUCCCCUCGAGCGCACUGUACAUCCACUUCUUCCCUAUCUUUGGCGCUGCGCCAGUCCCCCUACCUAUCCGUCGCACGAAGACGAAGGCAGUGUGGGUGAUCGCUAACUCGCUGGUCAAGAGCGAGAAGGUGGUUGGCGCCAAAACCCGCUACAACCUGCGCGUCGUAGAAACGCUCGUUGCCGCACGCGUCCUCGCACGUGUCCUAGGUCUUGAGCCCCUCCUCGCUGCCGAAGAUGGUAAGAAGAAGUUCACGCUUCGAGAGGUGCUCGCCGCAUACGUCGGCUCCGGCGAGAUACGUGGCCGCGCCGCACCGAGCCUCAAUCCCGAGGAGGUCAAGGUCGCUCUUGAGAAGAUCCUGGGUGAAGUUGAGCGGCUUCGGCCCGAAAACCUGCGGCGAUGGGAGAAGGGCGAGGCUGGUGUAGUCGAGGAAGGGCAAGCCGAGAGCAAGCAGCUCGGUUUGACGUAUGAUGAGAUGGUGCAAUUUAGCGGGCUGGAGAAGGAUACGUUCUGGGAGGUCUAUUUAAGCUGGGUCGAGGUCGAAGCGGAUCACUUCCAGCUGUACAAGCGCACGAAGCACGUCUUUAGCGAGGCUCUGCGUGUGUUGCAGUUCCGCGACGUGUGCCUUGCUGCCGCAUCAUCCUCCACGAACCCUCAAAUACAUUCUCCAACGCUGAACGAGCCGUCACCUCCGGAUGCAACCGCGGUCGGCGAGGAGCUCGAUGACAGCGUGCUUCAAACGCUCGGUCAACUUAUGGACGCGUCUCAGCAGUCGUGCAGCGCCUUGUAUGAGUGCUCCUGCCCCGAGCUUGAUCAGCUUACCCAGAUCUGCCGGGAUGCAGGCGCGUACGGUAGUCGACUAACAGGUGCGGGCUGGGGUGGCUGCACCGUAUCGCUCGUCGCGGAGAGCGCUGUGUCUGCGUUCAUCGACCACGUUCGGCGGGUGUAUCCGGCGUACCAACAACUCGGCGACGAGCAGCUUAAAGACGUUGUGUUUGCCACGCAGCCGAGCAACGGUGCAUUUGUAUUCAAAGUUACAGAGUGAACAGCGCUCCGAAAACCGGAAGGCAGAAAAUGUACAAUUCAUAUGUAUGGGUAUCUAAGAUCGAUUCAGCCAUUCCUCCAGCACAUCUGGUUGUGUACUGUCUGUCAUCUCAAGUGAGAACGCC